AUAUUAUAUAAUAAAAUAAGUAUACUUCUCUAGUUAAAAUUAAAAUUAAAAUCAAAAUCAUACUUUUUGUAGAUUACCAUUUUCUCUCUCUCCGAAAUAUGAACUCCCACAGAAGGCCCACAGUUCUCCUUCAUUUUUCCUUCCAUCCAAAGCAUUCCCCAAGUCCCAACCUCAAAAGUAAUUACCGUGGUCAAAGAAGAAAACCUGGUAAUGGCAAAAGAGGAGGAACUGCACGAUGUUUUUUCCUUUCUUUUUGUAGACAAUGUGGGACUUGUGCAUUUUCCAAUACAAGCUUUUCAGCUUUGCCAGAUUGAUUUUGAGUAUAUGUUCUGUAUAAAUUGAUCUAUUCCUUGCAUAAUCAAAUUAGCCUUUCUUCUCUCCGAAGCUAACAUGUAACUCUUUUUUCGAGAGGGUCGAUAUAAAAAUAGAUGUCUAAGCACUUGAGCACCAAGCAAAGAGAGCAACAAUGGCAUAUGCCGAUUGGGUUAUACAAGUUGACAGAAAACUGGAGAAUCUGGAAGAAGCCUCAGCAGAAACUGAGCGGUGGAGUAAGCGAUCCAUUUAUAAGGUAUCAUCAAGCAUCAGUGAACUGAACAAGAAAGCGUAUAGGCCUCGAGUAGUGUCAUUUGGACCUUACCAUCAUGGCAAAGAUCAUUUGAAGCCAAUGGAGGAUCACAAAGAUCGGGCACUCCUGCACUUUCUCAAGAGAUCUGGAAAACCUAUUGGAGCUUUUAUUGAUGCUCUGGCUCAAGUGAUUCAAGAUUUAAAGGACGCCUAUGACCCGCUGGAUCAAGAAUGGCAAGAGGAUACCAAUGGAUUCCUGCAGCUGAUGAUUCUUGAUGGAUGCUUCAUGAUGGAAAUCUUACGCACUGCUACUCAUGCAUUGGAUGAUUACGCUCCCAAUGAUCCAAUCUUCAGCAAUCAUGGCAAGCUUUAUAUCUUGCCCUUUAUCAAGCGAGAUAUGCUGAUGCUUGAGAAUCAGUUGCCACUACAGGUUCUUUACAAGCUAGUUGCUGUUGAAACCAACAAUGCUAAGGUCAGUUCUAUUACUCUAGUUAUAAACUAUAUAUUGCCAAUCACAAAAUCUAAUAUUGACGCCUACAUAAAUACAUACAUUAUACUUAUGUAUGUAUACAUGCAGGACGAAGAGUUUGUGAACAAGCUUAUUCUUAAGUUUUGCUCUCCCAGCACGCCAAUCUCACCAAUGGGAAAAUGCUUGCAUGUACUAGAUGUCUACAGAAAGAGCCUCAUUCUGGAGAAGCCUCAUCGAAGAUCACGUCGAGGCCGGAGAUCCCCCAGUGUACCUCACGAAAGCGAGGACGACAUUAUCCCAUCAGCCACUGAGCUUAAUGAAGCUGGAAUCCGGUUCAAGAAAAGCACAACUGUGAGCCUAAGGGAUAUCACAUUCCGUGGUGGAGUCCUCAGACUCCCUCUCCUGAUUGUGGAUGAUGCCACAGAGUCCAUGUUUCUGAAUCUGAUUGCAUUUGAAAAUUUCCAUGUUGGGGCGGGGCAUGAGGUGACUUCCUAUAUUUUCUUCAUGGAUAACAUUAUAGACAAUGAGCGAGAUGUAGCCCUACUGUACUCCAGAGGGAUUAUUCAAAAUGCCCUUGGAAGUGAUAAAGAGGUUGCUAACCUGUUCAACUCACUGUCAAAAGACAUUACGCUGGACCCAGAAAGUAGUCUCAACAUCGUGCAAAAGAGAGUCAAUACUUACUGCAAGAAGCCCUGCAACCAGUGGCGUGCUAAUCUCAUCCAUACCUACUUCAGAAAUCCAUGGGCUAUACUCUCUCUAAUUGCAGCCAUCUUCCUUUUUGCCCUCACCAUUGCACAGACUAUAUACACCAUAUACCCUUACUACAAUCCCAAAUGAAUUUCCAAUCCCACUUCCUCCUGCUGGUAUCAU